AUUCUAAGGGAAGUAACUAAAGCUAAAAAAGUGUAAGCUUCGAGCUAUGAUGCACUGCCACUGCACAUAACUUACUGAUGUUAUAGGUUUAUUUCAAGGUCGUUCAACGAAGACAUUUGUGAAUAUUUAUUUAUUGUCUGGCAAUUUACAAGUGUAAGUAAUAUAUCGCUGAUCAACCUGGAUUAACUGACAAAUCUGUAUCUUUAGGCGUACCUCUCUGUGUGUUCUUGGGAAGAACUGAUAUCCACACUACAGCAAUGGACGCGUCUUUCAUUCCGAUUCCAAAGAUCAUCAAUGGUGGCAUUGCUGGUAUCGUGGGGGUGACAUGUGUGUUCCCUAUUGACCUGGUGAAGACACGACUGCAGAAUCAGCAAGUGCUGCCCAAUGGCAAGCCUAUGUACUCCAGUCUGAUCGACUGCGCAAGUAAAACCUUAAAAAAUGAAGGCUUCUUUGGAAUGUACAGAGGGUCUGGAGUGAAUCUUCUCCUCAUAACACCAGAGAAGGCCAUCAAACUGGUGGGAAAUGACUUCUUCCGUCACAUACUGAAGAAUGACAAGAACAAGUUAACACUGCCCAGGGAGGUGUUGGCAGGGGGAGGGGCGGGCCUCUUUCAGAUCGUUGCCACCACACCCAUGGAGCUUCUCAAGAUACAGCUGCAGGAUGCUGGCAGGAGUGCCUCAGUGGACAAGACAGCUGGAGCAGAAGGAGCGGUUAAACCCCAAAAACUUUCCGCCACAAAGAUUGCCCUGGACCUUUUCAGAGAGAAAGGCAUUUUGGGCAUCUACAAGGGUUUCCGGGCAACCAUGCUCAGGGAUGUGACCUUCUCUGCCAUGUAUUUUCCUCUGUUUGCCCAUCUUAAUGCUAUGGGCAAGAGACGUGAAGGCAGUGAUCAGGCAGUGUUCUAUCACUCGUUCAUAUCAGGCCUAUCAGCCGGAUGUGUGGCAUCCUUCAGUGUCACCCCAUUUGACGUUGUCAAGACGCGUUUGCAGACCCUCCAUAAAGGGGCCGGGGAGCAAUCAUACAACGGGAUAGUGGAUUGUUUCAGAAAAGUGUACAUGCUGGAAGGACCAAAAGCUUUCUUCAAAGGCGCGUUUUGCCGUGUACUGGUUAUAGCCCCGCUGUUUGGUAUCGCUCAGACUGUCUACUACCUCGGUAUAGCCGAAAGGUUGCUAGCUGCCGUGGGUUAUGAGACUCAAUAACGGAGUUGACCUGAUUGUUGUGUUAUUGACAUUUUUGUAUGGGUAUUUUUAUUUCAAUCCAGUUUAUACUGGUUUUUCUGUUUCAUACCAGUUGUUUCCCUUUCCUGUGUGAAAGUAUACAUAUUUAUUCAAAACUAUAUACUUUGAAUUUCAAGUAAUCAUGUUUUUAUUAUAUUAUUUGUUAUCAACUAAUCUGAAGUAAAUAGUAUAGGUAUGAAGGAAUUCAACUACCAGUGAUUUCAUGACAUUUAACUAGUUGUGAUAUACAUGUGUACAUGUAUUUUUUACAGCCAAAACUAAUGGACAUCAGGUUUUUUUUUGGCCCGAUUUUAUAGCCGAAAUUCGGCUAUGUUCCCAAUCCCAAAAAGUAUACUUUUUUCCCAAAAUGUGGCAAAAAAUUCCCAAUUGCCAAAAAAAAAAAAUUUUUUUUUUUUUUUAGAAAGAAUCUUAUGUGUAUUUUAUCUCAAUUUUAAUUCAAUUACAUCUAACAAAGUAUUAUAUGAUUUUUUUCUUUUAAUUUGAAUGAUUAUAAAGAGUUAAAUCAAAUUUAGUAUUUCCCUAAUCAGUGGACUUUUUGUGUGGAAAAAAAGGCUAAUGAAUUUAUUUUCCCAAUUUUAUGAAAAUGCCGAUAAAAUUCCCAAUUCCAAAGCCAUGGGCUAUUUUCCCAAAAAUUGGAGAAAAAAAAAACUGGAGAUUACUCAGCUACAUGUAUAUAGCGGACAACUCAGCUACAUGUAUAUAGCGGACAA